GCAGCCGUACUCUGACGACGCUGCUGCCGGCGGCAACUAAAUCACGACCUCCAUUGCAUCUCUGGAGACCGCUAGCUAGUGAGACUACAUUCUUGCUCUAUUUUCAAUUUCCCACUGCUUAUUUAGAUUUCUCGCCUUUUCUACCUCUUCUCCCCCUCUCUCUAUCCUUCCGCCGGAAAAAAUUCGUCUUCAUUGAAAUUUCUUGUUGCCGUCGAUUGCAUUUUUAGUUAUAUCCUAUCUAGUCCUUUUAGUGAUUUUACUAUUGUCAUUUCGAAUUGUAGUUUGUAUGCUUCAUUUUUCUGGAUUGAUUAUGUACCUUCUUUCUCUGUGCUAAUCCAAUAAGAUAUGUCUUCUUGUUUAUCUGUGAAUUAUGCUUCCAUAGCUGGCUUUGGUAGCUGCAUUGGAACUACUACUUUGGGGAGUUUGGCUACCUUGCAGAAGUUGGGUUUCAGUUUAUACGGCACGCAUGUUGUUGCAUCUUUAGUAUUAUUUUUCAUUCAAUUUCUGUUACUGCUGUUAAUUAUUCUUAUGAGUUUUACUCUACCAGACACUAGAAAGUUGACUGCUUUAUGUUCAUUUCCCUUUGAACUGAUUGGAGCACUUGGAUUAUUGGAUCAUUUAAUAAUACUUGUAUGUGAGUUUCUGGCCUUUUUUGCUAUAGUUCAAUUUGUUUUUCCAGUGUUGCAUCCAGCUAAGCAUUUAGUAUGUCUUAUUCUAGAGCUUGCUGCUAGAUCUGUUUGUGUUGGUUUAUGAAAUUGGAGACCAAUGGAAAACUCAGGAAAAGGAACUCCUUCGAACGGUAAUAUCUAUGUUUCUAAUCUGCCUCCUGGAACAGAUGAAAUUCUGUUGGGUGAAUAUUUUGGAACCAUUGGGUUGCUAAAGAAAGAUAAGCAAACUGGCCGACCAAAGAUAUGAUUAUACCAAGAUAAAGCAACUAAUGAACCAAAGGGAGAUGCAACAGUUACAUAUGAGGACCCACAUGCUGCAUUGGCUGCAGUUGAGUGGUUAACAGUAAGGAUUUUCAUGGUAGUACAAUUGGAGUUGCUACAGCAGAGUCUAAGAACGGUAAUGCAGUGGGAGAUCCAAAUGUUACUGGAGAUUUAGGUGGACUUGAGGAAAAUGCUAGAGAUAUGAAAGGGGUUGCUGGAAGAGGUAGAGGCCGGGGAGAUGGGAAAGCAUGGCAGCAGGUGGUAGACUGGUUGUGUCCAAAUACAAGUUGCUCCAAUGUCAACUUUGCCUUUCAAGGUGUCUGCAACCGUUGUGGAACUGCCAGACCUACUGGCGCCUCUGGAAGUGGAGGGGCUGGUGACUUUGGUAGGGGUUAUGGAGAUCCAAACCCCCAGAGUAAUAGCUGGGCAGUUGGUGCUUCUGGUGGACUAUUUGGCCCUAAUGAUUGGCCUUGUCCUAUGUGUGGCAAUAUCAACUGGGGAAAGCGUACCAAGUGCAAUAUUUGCAACACCAAUAAACCCGGUCACAAUGAGGGUGGCGUGAGAGGAGGACGUGGUGAUGGUUAUAAAGAACUUGAUGAAGAAGAGAUAGAGGAAACUAGGCAACGUCGAAAGGAGGCAGAAGAAGAUGAUGGUGAGAUGUAUGAUGAGUUUGGAAAUCUCAAGAAGAAAUUCCGUGCCAAAACACAAGCAGCUGAAGCUGGAAAAGCAGGUUCUGGGCGUGCUGGAUGGGAGGUUGAAGAACUUGGUGUAAUUGACAGAGAUGGAAGAGAGAAAGGCUGAGAGAUACAGGAAGGGAAUGGGAUGAUAGAGAAAGCAACAGGAGCAGAGAAUGUGACCAUCAGGAAAGGCACCGCAGUCAAAGCAGAGAGAGAGACAGGGGAAAGGAUCAAGACCGUGACUAUGAUUAUUAUCAAGAUAGAGAUUAUGGACGAGAAAGGGACCAUGAUCGGGAUCGAAGCAGGUAUCCAUACUGAGUAUGAAUCAAUUGCACGUCUCAACAUAACAUGCCUUUUCUGUUCAUUUUGAUUGCGAAGAUGGAAUUUGAUAAAACUUCUGCAGUUGAGCUGGCAUCUUUAGUGUGCUUGAAUGCUGAGACUUUCUUUUAUACCACCGGGGUUAGACGUGUUUCUGGAAAUGUACAAUUUGUGAUAGUUAUUUUGCCAUUUCAGUCUGCAAAAUAGGAACCAUUUUUCAACUUGAUCAUUACCUUCUUAUAUUUCAACUCAGAAAGAACAUCAUAGCAGCAUUCUCAGGACGGUUGAAGAAGAUCAUCAAGAACGAAAAAAGAAGAACCCAAAUCAAGAAUUCCGGUAUAGAAAUCUAUGACUUCCCCGGAGGUCCAGAUGGGUUUGAACUUGUCUCCAGAUUCUGCUAUGGUAAU